CGGUAUUUCAGUUAUUGCCCGGACGGACGGACGGAGGCGUUCUCUAUAUCCCUCCGAACUUCGUUCGAUGGGAUAAUUAUGAUAGAAUCUUCAUUUCUAAGUCAAUCUAAGAAUUAAAGGGCAGAAUAUACAUUUGAAGAACUAGUUAUGAAGGAAAAGAGAGCCGCACCAGCCACUGUAGAUGGUGUCCUUUGUAGAAUUGCUACACAAGGCGACUAUCAAGCUGUCUUGGACAUUAACAGAAAUGUUUAUAAUGGUCUUGACUACCUUUCUUCGAAAUAUCAUGAGUAUCUGAAUGACCCAAGGAGAAAUCUAGGAGUGGCUAUCGUAGAUGGACGCAUAGUGGGAUUUGUGAUGGCAUAUGUUAUAGAUGGGGACACCUCCAUAACAUGGCAGGCUGGUAGAAUACACAAAGAUUUCCAAGGACUGGGUCUGUCAAAUAAGCUAGGCCACUACCUACAGAGCAUCCUAAAAGAGAGAUACCCCAAGUUACAAAGGGAGCACUACACCAGUGCAAACUGGCCAGUUAUCUCAAAGAUUCCACCAAGACGACCAAAGGAGAAACUUGUUAUGAAGAGGCCAAGAGUCUCAUUUGAUACAAACCCAACAGACCUGAACCAAAUCCUAAAGAACCAAUCCAAGAAACAGGAAGACCUAAUUGACGCAUUGAAGAAAAUACAUGUGCUCAGUAUUGAAGAGGGUGUGGUGGCCUUAAAGAACUGUGAUUGGUCCAGCUUAUUCCCUACAGGGUUUCUCAUAGCGAAUUGGGAGCCAUAUAUGAUCCAGUAUGCAUCAAACUACCCACUCUUCCUACAGGAUUCGACAAUGUUAGCAACAAGGGAUAAAAGAGGGCAGGUAGAAUCAAUAAGUUUUGGGACAAGUAUAAAUUGCCCCGCUGCACUGAAAUAUCGCGCUGAUUACUAUGGUAACAGUGAACAAGAUGCCAUACAUCAUAUUGUGAAACAUGCAGUUUUGAUAUCACAAUUAGAUCAGAAAAGAGAUAUUUCCUACGCAAUACUAUUGCCGGAGACUCUUGAUAAUCAAGCCAUAAAAGAUUUUGUGGUGACCAAGAUGGGGUUGACCAAUCAAAGGACUGAUGAGAAUUUAGCUCUGCUAAUAAGUAUGCCAUCAAGAAAUUUUCUUUCCAAGAUGUAA